UAGAUGCAUCUGCAUAGCGCAUGCAAGUCUUAUGUAUCUUCAAGUCUACCUCUUAAGCUGCACCAGGGUUCUUUGAUCCUUCCCGUGCGGAUGUCCGUAACAAAAGGACCCCGCGGUUUUUAGGAUAGGCUGGUUUAGAUACUCGUAUAUUAAUAAUACAUAGGUAUGUAGAAAGAUUUAUAAGAGAGUUAUGCUCUUCAACUCUAUAGACUUAAAUUCUCGGUCUGUUACCUAGGUACCUAACGUAUCUUCCUUGUUCGUUUCUACCGUAUACAAUUAUUACCUACCGACUCAUCUUACGUACGUACGUACCAAUUCUACCGCACGUAAGAAAUAUAUUACGAAUAGUGGGUAGAGUAAUAGGCGGGGUAUACGAGAAUAAGACCUAUCUAAAUAUCUGGAGAGAAAAAAAAGAGAAAUAAAAUCAUGAGUUCCGCCGCCGCAGCCGCAGAGCAGAAGAUAGAAGACAGAAAAGAGACGGGCACGUACGAAGCCGGCUGCCACUGCGGCUACAUCAAGUUUUCCGUCACCUUAUCACCGCCAUUCCCCGAGUACAAGAUCCUCAACUGCAGUUGUUCCGCGUGUUCUCAUCUGGGGUAUCUGCUCGUUUACCCCAAGGCCUCUGAUAUCGUAUGGCAUAACAACAGCCGGGAGCGGUGCGCCAGCUACCGCUUCAACACUAAGCAGAAGGACCAGAUGUUCUGUCCUAAGUGCGGUGCUAGCCUGGGCAUCGACUUCUUGGAUGUGUUCAAGGAGCAUGUGUAUGGUAUUAGCGCCCGCUCGUUCUACGGCAUGGACCUCGACACUUUGACGUAUAAGAAGAUGGACGGGAUGCGCAAGGUCGAGCCCGCGCAUGAUUUGUCUGGGCAUAUAUGGGACGAGGAGAAGCAACAGCUAACCUAACCGAAGACCCUGAAAGUUUAUGAGUAGGUAGAGAGUGCCGUUGGUGCUAGAAAAUGAAAUGGUAUGAGAAGUCAAGAAUCCACCAGGUUUCUAGCGAGUCCGUACACAAUUUAAAGUCCUCUUAUGAUAGCUAUACAUUUACCUAUAGCUCUCUUUCUAAUCUGCUAUCAUCCGUGUCUACAUCGGAGAUGCCGGGUCGAA